CCGCUCCCGAUGCUACGGUGGCUGAUCGGCGGCGGCCGGGAGCCGCAGGGCCUGGCGGAGAAAUCAUCUGUACAGACGAUUGGUGAAGAACAAAUACAGAAUCCUUACACGGAGCUCCUUGUGUUGAAAGGUCAUCAAGAUAUAGUACGAUUUCUAGUGCAAAUAGACGAAUGCAGGUUUGCAUCUGCAGGAGAUGACGGAAUCAUAUUUCUGUGGAAUGCGCAGACCGGAGAAAAACUUUUUGAACUUCAUGGACACACACAGAAAAUUACAGUUAUAGCACCAUUUUCUUCGUCAGAUGCUUCUGAAGAAAGAAAACAUUUGAUUUUAACAGCAUCAGCUGAUAGAACAGUUAUUGUUUGGGACUGCACUAGUGGCAAACAGGUUCAAAAAGUGUCAUGUUUCCAUUCUACUGUAAAGUGUUUGACAGUUCUUCAAAGACUGGAUGUAUGGUUGUCUGGAGGGAGUGAUCUAUGUGUUUGGAACCGAAAAUUAGAUCUCUUGUGUAAGACCAGUCAUCUUACUGAUGCAGAUAUCAGUGCUUUGGUUGAAUUGCCUAAAAAUUGUGUUGCGGCAGCUGUUGGCAAAGAGCUAAUCAUUUUUAGGUUGAUUGCUUCUAGUGAUGGGUCUGAAGGUUGGAACAUCAUUGAAGUAAAACACCUUGUUGACCAUCAGGAUAACAUUUUGUCAUUAGUCAGUGUCAAUGACUUGACUUUUGUGACAGGUUCUCAUGUGGGUGAGUUAAUAGUUUGGGAUGCACUUGACUGGACAAAGCAGGCAUCUGAGUGCAAUUUUUGGGACUCCUCUGUCCAUCCAGAUGUACAGCCAGAAAUAAAGUUAUCUCAAAGCCCAAAUGAAACUUCAGUUCAACACUUAACAUCUGAUGAGGAGUGUGUGUUUGCUGCUGUUGGGAAAGGCAUAUACGUAUAUAAUCUUCAAAUGAAGCGUGUGAUUGCCUGCCAGAGAACUGCUCACGACUCCUCUGUGCUGCACAUCGAGAAGCUUCCAAACAGGCAGCUGAUCUCCUGUUCAGAAGAUGGCAGUGUGCGCAUUUGGGAGCUCCGAGAAAAGCAGCAGCUGCCGGCUGAACCGGUUCCAACAGGGUUUUUCAACAUGUGGGGAUUUGGAAGGGCAAACAAGCAAGCAAACCAAGCUGCUAAGAAGAUGCAGGAGAAUACACCGAUGUAUUUCUUGGAGCUGGUUGGUGAUUUGAUUGGUCAUUCAUCAGCUGUGCAGAUGUUCCUGUACUUUGGUGAACUGGGACUGGCUACGUGCUCUGCUGACCACCUCAUUAUUUUGUGGAAGGAUGGUGAACGAGAAUCUAGACUCCGCAGUUUAACACUAUUUCAAAAAUUGGCGCAAAAGGGUGAUUUGCAGCUCAAACUUUAAGUUAAGUUGCUCGAAUACAGGUUACAUAUGUAUAAACUGGAUAUGUGUUAAAUGUGAGUGUAAAGGAAGUCUGAGCUACUGGGAAUGUGCCUACCAGUAAGGUUUACAUUUAAUGUGAUGUAUUAUAUUGGAAUUUUUUGUAGUUGCUACUACUCUUCUCAAAGGGGAAUUUUGCAUGUUGAAACUUACUUGGCUUACUCUGUCAGCAGAAGUGGUGUUCCCGUGAAAGACUGAGGAUAAUGAUGACUCAUUAAAUAGUUUCUAAUAUUAUUCCUAAUGUUUAAAAAUAUCAUGGGUGGAUGUCAAAGUUAAGAUUUCUGAACAUCGUUAGGUGGAUCAUAACUGAAGCAGUUGGGGGCAUUCCACAGUGUUAUGUGCAGAAAGGAGGCACAGAAAAAAACCUGAGGCUUCCUGCUUUAUGUAACUUAUUUCCUGAAGCUAAACUUCACUGAUGACUUAGAUUUAGGUAUCUACAAAAAAACCCAAAAGAAACAGUUCUCAGAUAGAAUUUUUGCAUUUGAAGUUACUAUCCUGCACCAAGGGUAAGAGCAAGAAAGAAAAGUAGGCAAUAGCAGUUUGUUGGGUUUUAAUUUUUGGCAAAGCAAGGUAUAUAGAUACUCCUCGCUUGCAGUAGCUGCAGUUUCAGUGUGGGUUAACCUACACUACUGGAGUUUAUACAGCGCCAUUACCAUGUCUAGCAUGAAGUGUGAUUGGUUAAGCUUAGUCUUUCCAUAGUGCAUUCAUCAAAUUAAUUUGUAUCUAAUAAAAAACACUGGCCUUACCAUGGAUUUUCAGGAUGUAAAAUACUUUCUUAAGCAGUAGCAGUUGAUGUGUUCAAUACUAUCAAAACACUUCUGUCAGAUGAAUACUAAAUUCUCAGCUGAAUUUUGACUGAGGAGAAAUCUGCACCAAGUUUGUACGAAUAAAUAGUAUUUUAGAGUUUAAAAAUAAAGAGCCUCUAAGUAUACAAUACCUUUUUCAAGUCUGAAAUAGCAGCAGUAAUCUGCAACCUAAACAGGAGUAGGAAAAAAACCCCAUACUAAAACAAAAACCCCAAACCAAAGCAACAAAAACCCAAAAGGAAAAAAAAAAAGUGCAAAGUUAAACCCAGAACUGAUACAAAGAAAGUGGGAGGCAGGAUGAGAUGAUGGUACCAUUUGAACAGAGAAGAGCUAGGGAAGGGAGCAGUUUGGGAACUCAGUGGUUGUAAAACCAUGUAGAAGAGGGUGCCACUGUCCUCAGGUCUACUCAGAAGAUGCAGCACUUAGUUUAGGAGUAAGUCUUAUGCAACUUUUCAGUGCCAUCUCUUCCCUUUGAAUCAAUGAAGACUGUUUUCAGUACAGGAGAGACUACAGGGCUGUAAUUCCAGACUUAUGAUCCAGCAGAUGCAGUAAGUGCAAUUAAGACAAAGGGCUAAGCAGAUCCUGACAAGAGCAGAAGCAAAAGGAGGAAGAUCCAGCUUCCCAGAGGAAACCAAGGAGCCUUUUAGACUUGCUUUGCAAGUGCACACUUGCCUUCCCCCUACCACCCAGAAGCCAGGCUUUGCCUCUUGAGUCUGACCAUAAUCUUCCCUGGAAGGCAGGGCAGAGGGACAGUAAAAUUUUGAGCUUUUUCCCCCACUUCAGUCAACUUGUACGGCUAAUCUUAUCUGAGUGUAGUCUGAGCUAAUCUUAUCUGAGCUCAAAGUCACGUAUUUCAAAAACACAAAACAGAUGGAGAAAUUGUUAAAUUACCCUCUCCUUUAAAUUCAGGAAGGUUAAGUCAGCAUUAAAUCUUGAGCUGCUUGUUCUUUCCUCAGGGUGGCUGUUCUAUAGACCAGCAAAGGAAAGGUGGUUGGAUUACAGCUGAUGAUAACAUGCCUUUGGGUAUAUGGUGUUAAACUUGGGGGAGGAAGGCAUGUUAAGCCUUUCUGCCUGUCAGUCUGCAUUGUUUCAGCUUGCCUUCAUCAGCAAGUGUUGCGUUUUUGGCUGCCCAAGUACAAGCUGGGGAGAUCAGUUUCUCUUUUGGCUCUUUUUUCCUUGUUUCAAUUGAGAAAUAACUGUUUAGUUGUAUGUAUGUAAAGUGUGUGUUUACACAUUGUUACUAAAACUUUACAGCAAAAGCUUAUAAAACUGAGGUUUUUUUUGGAGAGGCUACUGCUAUCAUCAGUUAUAACCGGAGAGAAGGAACAUCAUCUUUUUAUUAUCUCUUUGUCCUAUACCAUGAGAACAACUAUUUCAUUUUUAUGUGACUGCUUUUCAGUGAAUACCUGGUAGAGAAACAGACCUAUUUAACUGAACAGUUCUAGUCACAAAACUCACUGUGCAUUUUACAGGGAUGUAAUUCAGCCUUAAGUAGUCCUACAUGCAUGUAUAAAUAUUUAUAUCUAUUAAAAGUGCCGUGGUUCUCAGAUAGAUACACUCCAUUGGUAAUAGCUCUCCCAAGGGUCUCUUCCUUUAAAGAUGGUUAAGUUGAAAGUAUUAAAUUGAGUUCUUUGUUUUACAAAUGAACUUUGAGCAUAACAGUGAACACAGUAAGGCUAUACUAGCCUGCUUCUGUUAAAUAAGAGUUUGUCACUUGCUGUUGGGAAGUGCAGUGAGCAGAAUUAGGGUGACCAGAUUAGAACUUUUACUUCCACCUUGUGUCCUUUUAAAUUUUUGUCCACCUGGCAGUAAUGCAGAAUUCCAUAUGUUCACAUCAUGAAAGCAAAUAUCUCUAUAUCAGACCUACCCUUAAUACUUGUACAACUGAAGUGGCUGUUUUAUGUAUCUGUGCACUGACAAUGGGAUGAAACAAGGAGCUGUUAGUCAGCUCAGGUUGGAGUCUAGGAGACCUGACACAACUGGCAGAUGAUGAUUAAUCUAUGCUGAUUUCUUUUGCUGUUAAAGAGGACAUAUCUCCACACAAAUUACUUUUUUGCUUAGUCUCUGACUGUGGGAAGAAACACAGGAUCUUGCAACCAAUAUACUGAUUCCACAUUAACGCCUUAACUUGUGAACCAGAACUGAGGCUGAACUUUAUUUCUUAGGUUCCUUCCACUGUUCACAUUUUCUUCCUUGUGACAGAAGUGUGACAAAAAUAAUGAAUUGAAAUGUUUUACAUAGAUGCGAUCUUACAGUGUUGCUGUAUUUAACAAAUUAAAUUAAGAUGACAAAGCUUUGAAUCUUGUGAAAUUACUUUCUCUAAUGCAAGCUGCAGUGAGCGUUUAGUCAUCAGAAUAGUUAAGGUACAACCACCAGGAGCACUAGUUCUAAAUAAAGGAAUGGUAAAA